ACGAAAAAAUUUUUUAGAAAAAUUCAGUAAAAUAAAAAGAAAAAAUAAAUUAGAAAGCAUAAUGAAUUAAUGAAUGAUGAUACUAUUAUGAAUGAUAAAAAAAAUUAGCUUGAAAAUAAUAUGGUAUUGAUAGUUUACUUUACCCAAAUUAUAUUGUAAACUUUAAUUUAUUUUUAAUAAAUUUUUAAAACAAUGAAGCGAGCACGUAUAAAAGCUAUAGUUACAGUUCCAACUCGAAGGAAAGCAACACAAGAUAUAUCUGAUACUGAAAUUAUUAAUACAUUUGAGAACAAUGACAAAAAUAAAAAUGUAUCUGAUGAUUCAUUACAACAAAGUUCAGAAAAUAUUUUACAUGAAACACAAGAACAAGAAAAUGUAGAAAAUACAAAAAAAAUAAUACAAAUACAAGAAAUAAUAGAAGAGCAAGUGCCAAAUGAACAAUUUCCUGAACAAUGUAACGAAUAUAAGAGUGAUUCUAUGCAAAAUUCUAUGCAAAAGGAAGAAAUUGUAAAUAUACAGUCAUCAGAAAUUUUAAAUAUAACACAAAUUACUUCUCCCAUAAAAUCAACACAAAAUCGGUCUGGUUUUAUGAAACCAACACCAAAAUUUGAUAAUAACAACAGAGUAAGAAGAAAUAGUAUUCAAGGAAGUGGAGCGAGCACAAGUGAAUCUGAAGAUGAUAGCAGAAGAUUACCUUGCAGUAUUACCAAUCAUACAAAAAAUGAUUUAGUACAAUUAUCAUAUAAUACAAAAGAUGCUGUUACUAAUAAUAUCAAAAACAAUUUAAUAACAACCAAAUUGGGACAAAAGAGACGUAUUUUAGUCUCAGAAUCUACAAGAAAACUAGCAGAGGCUAGAAGAGAAUUUCAUUUAAAACAUGAAAAUAAAACUCCAGAUAGAAGCAAACUUACAAUGUAUGAUUUAAUAUAUUACAAUCCUGUUACUAAUCCUAUGAAAAAAUCUAAUGAAUCUACAACAAGAAAAAUGUUGGAAUAUCAAUCUGAAGAAUUUCAGGAAGAAGAAAAUGAAGAUGAUCCAUCAUCUGCAAUGCCAGUGCCUCAAGUAAAAGUUGGACCAAAUGGUCAACUAAUAAUAGAUGAACAAAGUCUUGUUAUAGAACAAACUAAUGCAAAAAAAGGUAGGAAAGUAUUAGCAAAAGAAGCUAUUAUUGAUGAUGAUAAUAGUGGAAGUGGAUUUUAUAAAAAACGACAGAAAAGCAAAGAAUGGUCCGAACGGGAAACUUUAAAAUUCUAUAAAGCAUUAAAUACAAUUGGUACAGAUUUUUUGUUGAUGCAAAGUCUUUUUCCUCAUAGAACAAGGCAAGAAAUGAAGUUAAAAUUUAAGAAAGAAGAAAAAGUUAAUAGACAUUUGGUUGAGAAAGCACUGGCAUAUCAUCAAGAAUUUGAUACUGAAAUGUUAGAAAAAUCAUUAGCGACAUUUGAAAAUUCAGAAAAAGAAUACUUGCAUAUACAAGAAAAACGAAAGCAACAAAAGACAAAAAAUAAGAAGAAUUCAAAAUCAAUCAGAAGACGAAGAAUUGUAGCAUCUAGUAUUGCUGAAAUGGAUGCAUCUGACAAUGAAGAAGAAAAGGAAGACGAUUUUGGUUUAGACUCAAUAAUGUCUAAAGGAAAUACACAUUUAAAUGAUGAAUGUCAACAAACAUCAAAUAAAAUAAAUAAAAAAAUGUAUAAAAGAACAAGAGAUGAAAGAAAACUAUUGAUCAAAGAAGAUGAUGUAGAAUCAUUAAGUUCAUGUAAUGAUGUUGACAGUGACACAGAAAUUUAUCGUGUAAGACCAACAAGAUCUGGAAGAUUACCAAAAGUAAAAAGAUUACAGGGACCUGAUAUAAAUACUCUUGAUAAUGAAAGGUUAAAUUGUUCUUCCAACGAUGAAAUAACAAUUUCAUCAGAAGAUAAUGCAAAAGUUACAGAAAAUUUAAUUUUUGACAAUAUCAAUCUUAAUUCAGAAAUUCAUCAUAUAGAUCCUAUUAAAACAGUUAUACCAAGCAUUGGUAAUGUAGAACCAGGUUCUUUGGUUAUUUUAUCAAAGGAAUCUUUGGAGGAACCUGGUAAAAGUGUUUUACAAGUUUACAUGGUUAGUUCGGACGUUAAUACUUAAAAUCUUAAGAAAGCUAAUAUAAAAUACAAGUGAAUUAAGAAAAUGAAUAUAGAUUGAGAAGAAUAAGGAACAAAAAAAAAUAAUAUGUAAUUUAUAUUUGACUGCAAAAUGUAAACACAUUGUAAAUGAAGUCCAAGGACUAAUGGAACUUUAACAUCAUUCUUUUUCAAGAAAAUAACUGAAUUGUAACCUAUGGUUGCUAACAUUUUUUAUCUUUGUAACGAAUAUGAUUCAAUAAAAAUGAACUUUUAUCUUGAA